CUGGUGUAAGUGGUAAACCGGGUUUAGUCGCUAGCCAACCUGGCUUCGACGCCCGCUAUCAAGGAAUGAUCUAACAGCUGUUUUAUUAGCUUCCGAGCUAGCGAGGGAGCUAACUACCACGCCGCGGACACGUUAGCUUUGUUGCUAGAAAGAUGGCUAUCAUUGCAUGUUAGCAACACUACAGUGGUUAGAGAUAAUACAGCUGGCUAACGAGUAGCUAGCUAAUCGCUAGCUGUGGAACUGGCGUACAUUGUAUCGCAAGUGAGACCACUAGCUAAAGGGUCACAGUUGUUGAUAUGGGUUAUUAGCGGGUGACUGGAUGAACUAUAAGAGACUGGUCCACUUGUGAGUCAACGUCGGAGUGACAUUGCCCUUGCAGUAAACACGAUUAAGUGCUGGCUAGUGUAGGUCAUCCUCCAUAAUGCAUGUCAUAGAUUAGCAUUCGUGGCGUUUAGCGAAAUGUUAUGUCUUCCUGCUCUCUAAUAAAGGCAUAUUGGGGGACAGGAUACUACUGCUGGUACUCGCAAGUAAAUGGGUAUGAGCAGAUGCAGACCGUGGCUGGAUUAACGUCCUGGGGUGAGGGGCCCAGGGCGAAAACUUCGCUCUGGUCCCCAACUGACCCCUGCUACACAUGACAGUGUCAUUUUAUCCUAGACAGGUAUUUUAGAAAGCGGGUUUCACAAACUCUGAGAUGACUGACACUGGGAUUGGAAACUCCAGAGCAGUUGAUCAGAGUUAGUUCAGUCAACUCUGACUUGUGUGAAUUAAAAAAUCAUCACUGGACCUCAGAUACUAUGAUUCAUUAUGGCAAUGGUUGAAUAAAGAAGUGAGCCUCCAUUUGAAUCCAGUGAAGCCAGAAGGAAUAAUGUGUGGACAGUGGACAUUCAUCUUCAAAUCACAUAUGCAUUAGCAGUGAAAGAGUCUUAGGCUAUGUCAACAUUAAGCCACCCAAAUUUUAAAAUGCUGUUUUCAUGAUAAAACAACAUGCGUCCACACACCAGGCGUUUCCUUUCAGCAAUUGACAUCUAUUCACAUUAAAAUGCCAAAAAGGGUGAUUCCCCUCUUACUGAGCAUGGUAUACUAAAUGGCCUAUUAUCUAGAAAAGUAAAAAACAAUAAAAUACCAAGCUACUGCCACCGUCUGUUUUUUCACCGAUAUAGCAGUGUUUCCCACAAACCUCUGCUUUCCCAGUACACACUAAAAUGCCAAGCCAGCAUUGUCAGAUUUACACACUAUGGAGACUGUUUUGGAAAAGUAAAGUUUUUGGGGAGAAAAACUACAUGUAGUCUGGAUGCAGGAGCAAAAUGCAUAGGAAAAAGAUGAAUUUAUGAAUUCAGCUGGAGAGUGUCAGCAUGGCCUGAGUUUGAGUGGAGAAAAUAAUUAUAUAGUUAGCACUAUUACAUUUUAUUCAGCUUUGUCCACUAGACCACAUUAUUGAAUUUUCUAAAUGAUGAUACAUUUCUGGGAUCCACCUGUUUGUUAGAUUGACUUUUAAUUCAGCUGUAACCUGAUUGGGACAAAGUGCUUCUGGCAGCAGAUGAUGAAAAUAUAGAUUAAACAGACAAGACAUAAGUUCAUAGACUUAUGAUUGUAACCAUAGACUGACCCAGUAAUAGCCUAAUGAUUUUGGUCAUUUGCUGUUGAAAAAGCAUCUAUGUUAAAACUGAGUGUAACAUUUUUUUGCUAAGCAGCAUUUGAUGACUAUAUUUCAACAGGUUGUAGAUUUAAAUAUGGUUAUUUUGGAGACUGCAGUUUGUGGUGCUGUUGAAUUGUUUUGCUUUAUAUGGAGAGGUAUUUUUUAUUAUUUUGUCCAUUCUAUUUAUCUCAAUGAGGGUAGUCUAAAUAAGUGUGGCUUUAUUCCAUUUUUUCUUAAUAUCAACAUCUCCCAUGAAAAGACCAAAACCAACAAGGAAAUAGCUGCAAUGAUUUGUCGAUUAAUUGACUUGUCGAUUGACAGAAAAUGAAUCUUCAACAAUUUAAGUUUUAGUCUUCUAAUAAUUUUUCGAAUUUAAUCUUUUAAGCAAAAAUUUAAACUUUCUUUUUCUAUUUUCUCAUAUACAAGGAUUUGAUGCUUUUCUUUGUCAUAAAUGAUACUAAACUGUAUAUCUUUGGAUUCUGGUUUGUUGGUGAGACAAUACAAGACAACAUUCUUUUUCACUAUUUUCUGGCAUUUUAUAGACAAAGUGAUUAAUUGAAAAAAUAAUUGCCAGAUCAAUCAAUAAUGAAAACUAGAAUGGCACUCAGUAGAGCGAGUGUUGAAUGAAGUGAUACCAGUGAUUCCCUGGCCCAAGCCCUAUCCCUCCAAAAUGUGGUUACUGUAGUCUUUUGAGCUGAUCCCACAUACACUGUCCUGCUGCUGUAAAUACUCACUAAAUGACAAGAUGCAGUAGAUAAAACAUUUACUCCAGUUUUAGCAACAUUUGCUAAAACCUAGAUCGGCCAGCUGUUUUAGGAUAUUGCUUUUUUGGGCGGAAAAGUCCCUUUUCAAAAAUGACCCAUUCAAACAUUUAUAUCAUAAGUGGGAACUAAUGAGCUUUGUGAGGAAUGACACAGAUGGACUGGGUAAUGUGAAAAGUAAGUAGAAGAGACAAAUUAACGAGCAUGGCUGGUUUUUAUCUUUUUAUGGGAAUUCUCAACUACAAGAGAAUAUAGAAAAUCACCAUCCUUAUUAAUUGAAGUUAUAGUCUUGUCUGCCAAUAAACUAAAAUGUUACAUUGAUGUUUUUUAAACGUGUUGAUUUGUAUCUUCCAGUGGGUUUCUUUUAUUUGUAAGGUUCUUUUUUCGAAGUAGAGCUUUGUUGGUGUUGUAUAUGGUCUGACUGGUACCUAGUGAGUAGGAAGGAUUGUAGAGAUUGUGUUUUUGAUUGUUGUAUACAUUCAGCAGCAGUAUGAGCUAAAAAAUAAUAAUUAGUCCAGGCUCAGCGCAUGGUGAGUCAUCUUGGCAACCUCAGAGUUAGCCUCCUGGCACUUGAGUCCAAGCUGUUGUCUUGAUAAUAUAUGCAGGCACUUCUUUUCAUCAGGAGAGGGCAAUGUUCACAACUUAACUUCAAAUGUAAUGCACUGAGAUGGAGAGUUCGUCAGUGUACAUGUGCUUCCCCUGCUACCAAGAGUUCAACACUCUGGAAGAGGUACUCAAGCACCAGUUGACAUGCACAGCUGAGGAUGAACAGUCAGACACAUCAGGAACCACCGCUGUCACUGUUCCAGUGCUACAGACUCAGCAAAAGGUAAUAAAUAUAUCAAGGACAGUUACAGUCCCACAGAUUCAAGUCCAAGCAGAACACUCCUCCGUGCAACUUGAAAAGAGUACAUUUAAGCAGGCUACAGUCAGUGCAAAGCUGUCAUCAGACCAACCCAGAAUCCUCUACCAGUGUGGGGACUGUGAUGAACUCUUCAAGAGCCUGGACCUUUGGCAGCAACACCGUAAAGAAGAGACAUGUCAGCAGUCUGCCUCAGGGAGCAAGUCAAACCCUGAUUCACAACCUGAGGCAGACACGUCCUUAGCUCAGAGUCCCACUUCAACUUUAAAUCCAGAAGAUUCUUCUCUCUCAAAGAGUGAAACUAGCCAAAAUCUAAAGCCAGAACCAGUGGAGACACCUGUAGAAGAGGAAGAGUGGCAGCAGGUUACAGAGACCUCUACAGCUCAGAGCUCUGAUCCUCCUGUUUCUGAGGCGGCCUCUACGACCUCUAAUCCAGAGGAUUCGUCUCCCAAGAAGCGGGGGGCAAACAAAAAGCCUAAGCCUGAACCAGUGCUCCUGUGUGUGGACUGUGGCUCAUGCUUCGGCCUGGUGUCUGAACUAGUGGCCCACCGCAAGACCCAGCAUGGCUUUGAAGAAGCUCUGCACCGCUGCUCUGUGUGCGGGGAAAGCUUUCUAAACACUACACUUUUUCUUUACCACCGCAAGCAACACAAACAGCAAGGUGAGGAAAAGGUGGUAGUCGUUUGUGAAGCAACACAAUCAGAGGAGGUUUGUGCUCAGAGCAAUGGGACUGAUGAGCAGGGGCAGGAGGCCACUCUCUCCACUACCAGUGUCACACCUACCUUCACACAGCCUGAGCUGUUUAUGUGCACCCAGUGUGGGCAGAGCUUCAGCGAUGAGGGAGGCCUGGCUGCCCAUCGUAAGCAGAAACAUGACCUGAAGGAGGCACUACACAGUUGCUCCCAUUGUGGGGUUAGCUUCAUGAACACUACCCAGUACCUGUACCAUCGGCGGGAGCACCGCUUCACAUCAGGGAUGGAGGUGGCGGAUGGAGCUGAAAGUGGCGAUGAAACAGCCACCACUGAAAUUCAAGGUGCCCCACAGAGCUCAAAGCGACUGCUUUCCCCGCCUGCCUCUGCCAGUGAUUCAGGUUCACCCCUUCCUAAGAGAGGUAGGCCCUCUUUCAGGAUCCUGAGCAGUGCUAAUGUUGUCAAAGGAAACAAGGGUUCAGGCAGCAAAGAGGAAACAGAGGGCAGCACUGCAGCAGACUCAGACAACACCAACCAUCCUCCACCUGUUAAACUGCUGCAGGACUGGGCCCGCACACCAUUACCCCAUGUUUGCCCUUACUGUGGCAAAACCUUCACCCGACGCGUAUUCCUCCGCACCCAUGUGUACAGCCACACUGGAGAAAAGCUCUUCACGUGCAAGGUGUGCCCAAAGUCCUUCACUAACUCCCAGAGCCUGCUGCGCCACAGCAUGAACCACACGGGCAGCAAACCCUUCAACUGUGACGUUUGUGGCAAAAACUUCUCCCAGGGCUCCACCCUGAAGAGACACAAACGCAUUCACACAUUGCUAAAGCCUCAGCGCAAGCGUGGACGAAAACCGGUGUGUGGUUUGGACAGUGAAGGAGCUCCUCUGGCGUGUCCUCACUGCCCGUCACGGUUCAACACGGAGGAUCAGCUUAACCAUCACAAACUGCUCCACACCAGCCACCCAUUCCCUUGCGCAGAUUGUGGACAGGCUUUCACACGCAGGAAAGACCUCGACAUGCACUCGCUCACUCAUCAAGACAGGCAGCCGGCGUCGUGUCCUCACUGUUCAUCCCAGUUUGUGAACCAGUCAGUGCUGGAAAUCCACCUGCAGCGUUGUCCUACCACAGACGAGGAGAAGAAUACUGGCCGUGGACGGGGUCAGGGCCGAGGACGCUGCACUGGACAGAUUGAGUGUGACCUAUGUGGCCACCGUUGCAUGACCCAGGAGGGCCUCGACCUCCAUCGGUUGUCCCACACGGGCCAGACGCCUCUCAAAUGCCCAGUGAGGCCUUGCCGUCGCCGAUUUACCUCCAACAAUGCCCUGGAGGAGCAUGUGCUGGCGCAUUUCCAGGGAACACUCAGCAAGUCCAAAACCCGACCCCGCUUCACCUGUGAGAUUUGCAACAAGGAUUUUGCCUACAAUUCCACCUUCACUGUUCACAUGAGGACACAUACUGAUGAAAGACCCUUUGAGUGCACCACUUGUGGCAAGCGUUUCCGCCAGCUACCCCAUCUGCAGGACCAUGAACGCAUCCACAGUGGCCUGAGGCCUUUCUGCUGCUGGAUUUGUGGCAAGAGUUUCAGCGUGGCUGCCCGUCUCACCGAGCACGCCCGUACCCACAGCGGCGAGAAGCCCUACCCCUGUCCCCAAUGCCCCGCUGCCUUCCGUUCUCGCUCGAACCUGGAUAAACACAUGCGGCUACAUGGAGACAUGCCUUUGGAAACCGCUGAGCAGGUGGCACAAGCAGCCGAGGCCGCCCAGGUCCAGAAGGUCCUGGAGGGGGCCAAGGUGCUCUCUUCUCUGGCCACCACAGGGGAGGUCGAGUCUGGCUCAGUACAGACCAUAUAUGUACUGCAGGGGGCUGAGGGAGGUACCGAGACGGUCAUGAUCCCGUCUGAUCAGCUCAGUGGCAUGGACGGAACCUCACAGGUCGUCAUCCUGCCGUCCGCCGUUCUAGGAACUCAGACCAUUACUGUUCCCACUAUUUCCAUGGAUGGGAAUGAAAUCACCAUGGUGGAGACGAGCCAGUCGCCGCAGCAUACCAUCGAGUUCAUUGUGGAGGAGACUGUAUGAAGGCAGAUUAGAAACUUUCGCGAACAGGACAACAUGGUAGAGAAAGUCUGAAAAAUUAGUUGAGAAUAUAGAAUGUUGAUUGAGUGAAAAUUUGAUAAUUGAUUGAUAUGCAGUUAAUACUUUAUGUUUAUAGUUCGAUAGCUUUCUAAGCCAGUUUAAACAAAAGUCCCAUCCUGUGAAUAAAUACUAUUUUACAACUUCUCUUGAGCAGAAAAUGAUUUUAAUAUCAUUUUUGAAAGUGUGUAAAACAAAUGAAUCAAAGGUUGAUACACAGAUGAAAUGCUCAGGAGGGUAGAAUGUACCUUAAAUUAGUCUUUCAAACUGAUUAAAAAACUGGUUGUAAAACUGGCCUUCCGUUCUAUAUAGACAUGCAUUUACAGCCACUAUUUAUUAGGGGAAGACUGGUGGUGGCCCAUGAAAUGUCUUCUGCUUUCUUUAUAAUAAAACGCUUCAGCUUUCACAUC